GUGGCGUAAAUUAGACGACACCUAAGUUAUGAUAGUUGGGAAAUCUUUUCCUAAGAACGAAAUUCUACAGUUUGGCACGGUUUCCUUUUUUCGGUGGAUGAUAACUUUGAUGUGGGUUCGGCAGAUUGUUACACAUUGUUACACCACGUAUCGUCUUUCUCUUAGCCGCUGACCAGUAGCCAUACGAAAUGUGCGGGCGCGAAAUAACAAUAUGGCGUCUAAAGUGCUGGUCGCGCCAAAGCGCUAAUCGCCCAAUCGCUCAGAUUAGAAUGGCAAAGGGGGACGACCUGUGCCUCGAGAAGCUCGCAAAAUCAUACGAAGAGAUCGGCAGACUGCUUAAUUUGUGGAAUGAAACCGAUCAUCAUUCCAAUGAACUGAUUCAGUCUUUGACGAGUCCGCUGGAACAGUUGCGCUCAUGUGAGAAGGCUUGUUUCAAACGUCCCCCUCUCGGUGAUUUUGAAGGGUUGAAGGAGAAACUGCAAUACAAGCUGCUAAAACAAACAGAAACUAUUAUGACAAAGUUGCAGGACAACAUGAACACAUUCAAAACUAUUUCAAAGAAGAUGUCAACGCAUUGGUCUAGCAGUUUACAAGUUUAUACACUCCAAUCAGGUUCUGUUCCAGUGUCUGUGGUAUGUGAGGGAACCUCCACUCAGCCUUCAAUAGCAGACCUUCUGGAGUGGCUCAGUGAUUUGGAAAGAAUUUACAGUGAAUUAUAUGAGGAAAAAGUUGACAUUUUGGGCAGAAUAACUUACAUCACACCAAUGGCAAAUGUAUAUACAGCAAUCAGGGAGUGGGCCUCCACCCAACACAGGCACGCUCACAAGAUAAGAGAUAUUAUGGAGCAAGUAGCAGUGUUCCUGGCAAACAGAACCUGAAAAUAGAUUGAUUUGAGAUAGCCAAUAUGGAAGUGUAGUCCAGGCGCCGUUAUAGAACUGCCAAGCCUUUUACGCGACCUGUUACCUACAUGUACACAUGUAGUUGGGAGAGGACGAUUGGUACGCAAUGGAGACACAUGAAAAUUAGAUAUCGUAUUCGGACAUUCUAGGCAUGUUUACAUCAUGUAACUCAGAUAUAACAAUAAAAAAGUCAAUUGCAAUAUUGAGAGAGGAAGCCAAAUCAGCCUUAAUUGGUUUUCAUGCGGCUCCUCUAUCCAGGUCGAAUUGGAAUUUGGUAAUGUUGGUUUUGCGGAGGGAGGAAAACCGGAAAAAAAACCUCGAAGAAAGGCGAGAACCAACAACAAACUACACAUGACACCGGGCCAGAAUCAAACCCGUGCCUCAUAAGAGGGAGGCGAGCGCUCUCACCACUGUGCCAUCCCUGCUCCCCAAAACAAUUCCGAUUGUAAGCCGCUCUUUGAAGAAUAUGUUUUGUAUUUUAUGUAGUGAGCGUAUGUUCGAAGACUUUCCAUGUUAAGUACUUGCUCAGUGUUUCAGGUCGUUAUGUAUAGAGAUAAACAUAAAAAACCUUUUGAAUGAAUGUAAUCAUUACUGGAGUUUUGCAGUACUUCUUCAUGUGUUUUUUUGCUGCAUCUCUCUCAAGUUCAUUUAGGUAAUCAAUGGUUUGGGCCGAUGUCCACGAAAUGAAACAUUUUCAAACUAUAUUUAUCCACUGAUUUCGGGUAAAAAUUAACAAAUACACUUCACUGCAUUCUACAAAACAGUCGUUUACUCAACAUCCAUUUAUUUACAUUUUUUACAGUCUUGAAGGUUCAAACCAAAUAAAUACCUGUACAAGAAAUAUGACCUCAAAAAGCUAAAGUAAGACAAAUGUGAUUUUUCUUUUCGUUUUCACUGCUAGUCUUUCCUUUUCCUUUUUGCAAUGUAAACCAUACAAGAUGUCACCUCCUCUAAAAUAGAAACUCAGCCUAGUAAUUGAACUAAGUCAUCUCAGUAAAGUUCUUUUAUUUUGUUGAUG